AUGGCGACGCGAAGAAUCAUCUCGAGCGAGAAGACGCUCCUGGAGAAAGAUGACACCGUAGGCUCCAGCCCAGCAGCCAACGAAAAGUCCAACAUCACCCCGGCCGUCCCGACGGACGUGAUAGUGAAGCUGCUGGCAUUCACAUUCGCCAUGAUUGUCUUCCCGAUUGGCUCGUACUUCCUCACUGUGAACACCAUUUUCAACGGAAACACAACGUUUGCGGGCGCAACGGCUGCCGUCAUGGCUAACGUUGUGCUCAUCGCAUAUGUGAUUGUGGCGAUGAAAGAAGAUCAGUCAGACCAGCUCGGUGACGGUGCAUCGAACGAGAAGAAGAAGGAUCGUUGA